CUAAUUAUAUCAGUGAUCUUCUCCAAGCCCAGUAAAGCGGAGAAGCAGGAGCUCCGGUGUGGUCAGGAGGUCCACGCCUCCGCGCUGCUGCAGGAGAGAAACGGGAGCUGCUCUCAUCGAGGAUUUCAUGUGGAGGUGGAGCAGAUCUGAGAAGCAGCGCUGGGAGAGAUCAUGUCAGGAUGUGCAGCUAUAAUCAAGAAGAAAAUCAUCAACAUACAGGACCAUGUCCACGAGCAGACAUGUGUGAGACGGUGAAAUGAAUGGCGUUCGGUUGCAAGCCUCUUCCUGGUGUCCCUUUCCCUACACGGUUUGAAUUCACCCCUACAGUCACAUUGGAUCAGAGACUGACUGUGAGAACAUGGCGUCUGGAAGUGGCUCCACUGUUGAGCAAACGUUCUCCGGUUCCCUCCACACGGACAUAUCGUACAGAGCAACACCAAAAAUGGCUGUGAAGGAGAAAUCGCACCACUGCCUGGAGUGUGGGAAAGGUUUUACUCAGCGAUGUCAUCUCAAAAUACACCAGCGCAUCCACACAGGCGAGAAGCCGCAUCGCUGUUCGGAGUGCGGGAAGAGCUUCAGGGACGUUGGGACCCUCAGGAGACACCAGCGCAUCCACACAGGAGAGAAACCGUACUUCUGCUUGGAGUGUGGAAAGCGGUUCAUUCAACAGGACAACCUCCAGAAGCACCUGCGUGUCCACACUGGAGAGAAACCGUAUCACUGCCUGGAGUGCGGGAAGAGCUUUAACCAGCAGAACCAUCUCCAAACGCACCUGCGCGUUCACACGGGGGAGAAACCGUAUUACUGCCCAGAGUGUGGGCGGAGUUUUAGUGCGCAGAACAGUCUGCAGUUACACCGCCGGCUUCACACCGGAGAGAAGCCGUACUGCUGCUCAGAGUGCGGGAAGCGCUUUACUGCGCAGGAUCAUCUCCAGAAACACCAGCGCAUCCACACCGGAGAGAAGCCCUACCACUGUGCAGUCUGUGGGAAGAGGUUCAGCGAUGGGGGCACUCUGAAAACGCACCAGCGGCUCCACACCGGAGAGAAGCCGUUUGACUGCUUGUACUGCGAGAAGAGCUUCAGAAACAGGUGUAAUCUCAAAAAGCACCAGCGCAUCCACACCGGAGAGAAGCCAUACGACUGCCCAGAGUGUGAGAAGAGCUUCAGUGAUGGAGGGAGUCUCAAAAAACACCAGCGCAUCCACACAGGAGAGAAGCCGUAUUACUGUGCUGACUGUGGGCGGAGCUUCAGGCAUUCCAAUACUUUAAAGGUGCAUAAAUGCAUUAACAGGGAGUCGAUCGCUGUUGACGCGCAAGUUCGUCAAACAUGACUUUGUGAUAUUCAGGUUACCAUGAAUAUGUUUAUAAUCUCAUAGGGGAUUCCACUAACUCAGUGUGUGAGGUGUAAUCAGAGAGGUUCAGAGGGUUUGUUGUGAAACAUCUUUUCAGAUCUUUUUACAGCGGUGGUGAUGGGAACCAGGGGUUGCCAUGCCAACAACACGGGUAUAGAUACCUCAUUUACCAUCCAGAACCACCAGAGAACCUACACAAGUCUUCUGAGUUUAUAUGGAAUGUUGAUGAUGGAAAAUAGUGGAAAAUCUGGAAUAAUGAGUUUUCUUUGGGGACUAUUUUGCCGCACAG